AUGGCCCAACAAGACACUCUUUUCCGCUCGGCGAGCAUGUCCCUGACCCAGCUCUACAUCUCCAAUGAAAUUGGUCGCGAAGUCGUCUCUGCUCUAGGAGAAAUCGGUCUCGUCCAAUUUCGAGAUCUCAAUUCCGAAACCUCUGCCUUCCAAAGGACCUUCACCAAGGAGAUUCGUCGCCUUGAUAAUGUCGAACGUCAAUUGAAAUACUUUAAAGCGCAGAUGGAGAAAUCUGGCAUUGGCAUGAGGAGCCACUGGGACUUUGACGAGAAUAUGCUGGCCGCGCCACAAGCGAGUGAAAUCGACGAGCUUGCUGAGCGAGCGGAGUCUUUGGAACACCGUGUUAGCAAUCUCAAUGAAAGCUACGAGACUUUGAAGAAGCGAGAAGUCGAAUUGACUGAGUGGCGAUGGGUGUUGAAAGAGGCGGGUGGUUUCUUCGAUCGUGCACAUGGACAGACCGAUGAUAUCCGCAAUAGUAUUGACGACGAUGAUGCUCCUUUACUGCGAAACACUGAGGCUGAGGAAGGCAGAGCUAAUGGCGAUGCCAAUGGUCAGCAGCAGAGCUUCGCGGUCAUGAACAUUGGUUUUGUCUCUGGAGUUAUCCCACGCGAACGUCUAGCAGCUUUUGAGCGAAUCUUGUGGCGAACCCUUCGAGGCAACCUGUACAUGAACCAGUCCGAGAUCCCUGAGCCAAUCAUCAACCCUGACACGAACGAGGAAACUCGCAAGAAUGUCUUCGUUAUCUUCGCUCAUGGUAAAGAAAUUAUCGCCAAGAUCAGGAAGAUCUCAGAGUCUUUGGGUGCAGACCUCUAUAAUGUUGAUGAGAACAGUGACCUUCGUCGAGACCAGAUCCACGAAGUCAACACCCGUCUCUCCGACCUUGCCAGCGUCCUCAGAAACACCAAGAAUACUCUUGAUGCUGAGCUGACUGCAAUUGCACGAUCUCUUGCUGCGUGGUUGAUUGUCAUCAAGAAAGAGAAGGCCGUUUACAAUGCUUUGAACUUCUUUUCUUACGACCAAGCUCGAAAGACAUUGAUUGCUGAGGCCUGGGUGCCCACCAGCUCCUUACCUCAGAUUAGGGCCACUUUGCAAGAUGUCAAUGAUCGUGCUGGCUUGUCAGUUCCCACUAUUGUCAAUCAAAUCAAGACCAACAAGACACCUCCCACCUAUAACAAAACCAACAAGUUCACCGAAGGUUUCCAAACCAUCAUCAAUGCUUACGGUACCGCCAAAUAUCAAGAAGUUAAUCCCGGAUUAUAUACCAUCAUCACUUUCCCCUUCCUGUUCGCUGUCAUGUUCGGUGACUUCGGCCAUGGGACAUUGAUGAUGAUGGCUGCCUCCGCAAUGAUCUACUGGGAAAAGCCACUCCUGCGAUCCAAGCAAGACGAACUCUUCGCCAUGGCUUUCUAUGGUCGUUAUAUCAUGUUGAUGAUGGGCAUUUUUUCCAUGUACACUGGUUUGGUCUACAACGAUGUUUUCUCCAAAGGUUUCACCCCUUUUCCUUCCGCAUGGGAGUUCCCAGAAGACGGACGACCUGAAGUUACAGCACAUCUCAAGGGAAGUUAUCGAUACCCAUUCGGACUGGACUGGGCUUGGCAUGGGUCUGAGAACGAUUUGCUGUUCAGCAAUAGUUUGAAGAUGAAGCUUUCCAUCCUGAUGGGUUGGGCGCACAUGACCUAUGCCUUGACUUUCUCGUACAUCAACGCAAGACACUUCAAGUCACCUAUCGAUGUUUGGGGUAACUUUGUGCCCGGCAUGAUCUUCUUCCAGAGCAUUUUCGGCUACCUCAGCUUCUGUAUCCUCUACAAGUGGUCCAUCGACUGGCCAGCUGAGGGCAGAAACCCACCCUCUCUCCUCAACAUGUUGAUCCAGAUGUUCUUGUCUCCAGGGAAUGUGGAGCCUUCUGAGGAACUAUACAGUGGGCAGGCUGGUGUACAAGUUUUCCUGGUCCUGAUUGCCAUCAUCAAUGUGCCAAUCUUGCUGCUGUUGAAGCCUUUGUAUCUAAGAUGGCAACAUAGCAAGACUACUGCCCAAGGUCAUCGUGGUAUAGGAGAUACGAGCCGAGUCACCCAUGCCCUUGAUGAUGACGACGAGAACGAUGAGCACCAUAUGAACGGUCGAACAAGCCAGGAUGACGAUGAAGGUGCUAUGAUUACUGAGAACAUCGACGAGGAACACGAGGAGUUUGAGUUCUCUGAAGUCAUGAUUCACCAAACCAUUCACACCAUUGAAUUCUGCCUUAACUGUGUCUCACACACGGCAUCAUAUCUCCGACUGUGGGCGCUGUCUCUGGCACAUCAACAGCUUUCCGUCGUGCUCUGGUCCAUGACGCUCGGAAAUGCAUUCGGCUCAACUGGUGCGACGCAAGUAGUCAUGCUUGUUGUGACGUUCUUCUUCUGGUUCGUCCUCACCAUCGCCGUUCUUUGUGUCAUGGAAGGUACCAGUGCCAUGUUGCAUUCGCUACGUCUUCACUGGGUCGAGGCCAUGAGUAAACAUUUCAUUGGCGAAGGUGUGCCUUUCGAGCCGUUUAGUUUCCAGCUGUUGCUUGAGGAAGAACCCGUGGAUUAA